AUGGCUGGCGGUGGAAAACAAUCUUACGGUGGCGUGCAGGUCGACAGCCGCCCCUCCAGCGACCCGCCGAUCGCCGGCGGCUCCGUCUACAGCGCCUUCGGCGCCCCAUCCGUCCAGCGCCCGCCCGCGCGGUCGCAGUCCCCACAGCCCAGCAGGUCCUCCACCUCAGAGUUCCUGAGGUCGGGAUGCCAGCAGCAGCGCCCCAUUCCCGGCCUGUCCUACUCCGUGCCGCUGCAGCCCGAGGCGGAGUCCUGCGCCCCCAUCCGCGUGGGGCCCACCCAGUCCAGCUGCCCCCCCCAUGGCGCCAAGGCCGUCUGCGGCAGGCGGUCCAAGAUGGAGGACGCCUACGCCAUCCGGGACGACCUGUUCCAGGCGCGCGACCUCAACCUGGAGACCAUGCUGCCUCCCCAGCUGCCCAAGAAGCACUCGCUGCCCCUGGGCGCCGCGCUGGAGGGCCACAGCGGCAUGGAGCGUUCACAGGACAGCGACGACAUUAACAACAACAUUAACAACAAGAACGGAACGGAGGCGGCAUCCUCGCCGGAUGCGUCCAGCGACUCGCUGCACUUCUUCGGCGUGUUCGACGGGCACGGGGGCGUGGAGGCGGCCAGGCACUGCGCGGACCGGCUGCACCAGAACCUGCACGACGCCUGGAAGCGCCGGUUCCGGCCCGCGGCCGCGCCGCCCAAGCCACCGCGGUUUGGCAAGAGUGGCCACUCCAAGGCGGCGCACGCGGACCGGGACCACGCGCACACGGGGGAGGCCCCGGCGGUGCUGAGCCACGCCACCUCCCACGACAUCAAGGGCGUCUUCGCCGACGCCUUUCACCAGACGGACGACGAGUUCAGGCACGAGGACGUGUCCGCGCUGGUGGGCAGCACGGCCGUGAUCGUGCUGGUCGGCCAGCGGUACUACCUCGUCGCUAACUGCGGUGACUCUCGAGCUGUCCUCUGCCGCGCUGGGCAGGCACAUCCACUCACAGUCGAUCACAAGCCUGAGCGAGAGGAUGAGAUGGCUCGUGUGGAGAAAGCUGGAGGCCAGGUGUGGUUUUGGAAUGGAGCGCGAGUGAUGGGUGUGCUGGCGAUGUCGCGAGCAAUCGGCGACCGCUCUCUGCGUCCAUACGUCAUCCCCGAUCCAGAGGUCACCAUUGUCCCUCGGACCACGGACGACACACUCAUCAUUAUCGCCACCGAUGGGCUGUGGGACGUGGUGAGCGAUCAAGAGGCGUGCACACUAGCUAUGAAGUGCCUUGACCGCGCACAACAGAAAGGCGCCACAGACUCUGAUGCCGCUCGCCUCACGGCCACAGUGCUCAUUAGGGCGGCCAUGGACAGGGGCAGUAGGGACAACAUUACGGUUGUUGUCAUCGACUUGAGGGCAUCGAAGAGGGCCCGUGUGUCCUCUGACACUGUGGGUCAGGAGUGCUUAAGCCCGGUGCAGAUUCCUCAUGGACCACACGGUGGCAGCCUGUCUGACAGGUCGCACUGUCCAGAAGUGAAGGAGAGGAUACCCAAGGGGUCCAGGACCGAGCGAUUCAUUGCGCAGUAG